AAGUGGUGGCGAUGGCGUCAGCUCAGGCCGCUGGGGCUCCUGGUUCUCUGAAGGGGCACUUGUGUCUCCUGGAGGCUCGGGUCCCCUCGGUGUGAAGGAAGAUGAGCCGGACUUAGAGAUGGUGACGCGUGGACGGCAGGACCGCCCGGCGCCCCUCAGCCCCCGUUUGUCGCCCACAGCACGUGCUUUCUGAUGGGGCCCUUCAAGCAGCUGAAGAAGAUGUUCGAGACCACGAGGCUGCUCGCCACCGUCAUCAUGCUGCUGUGCUUCGUGCUGACGCUGUGUGCUGCUCUGUGGUGGCAUAAGAAGGGGCUGGCCGUGCUCUUCUGCAUAUUGCAGUUCCUGUCCAUGACCUGGUACAGCCUGUCGUACAUCCCGUAUGCAAGGGACGCCGUCAUGAAAUGCUGCUCUUCUCUCCUGAGCUGAAGACCAGAACCUCUUGGCAGAGCGUCUGGGAGUUGCCGUUGGUUUGGGGGAGUGUGUUUUCCUGAGCUGGUGAUCGCCCCUCCCCCCGUGGCCGUUCAGGGCCGUGGGCACCGUGGAACCCGCGGCGAGUAAACUGUGAUGCUCCCACCACUAGAUCCCGCCAUUCAUUGCUCUUCUCCACGGAGGCUAAUCCCCGCCGAUUGUGAAUGAUCUGUAGCGUUUCUAAUCCUAAACAGCAUUUGAUUUGUGAAUAUCCGGGGAUAAGUCUCCGCUGCAUGAACUUUGUUGGCUUUUCUAAAAUGUCAAGAUUUAAAAAUACUUUAAAUGUGAAAGUUUUUACUUUAAACUAAGAAUCGCUUAUCAUAUGUAAUAAAAAUAAUAUAUAAAUCUUUACAAUUUUAAAAUAA